GUGAAAUAGCGGGAAAUAGUGGGAAUAAGAAAAGAUGCAGGCAUUUUUGAAAGGAGGAACCACUUCUUUACAGAAGACUAAAGACAAAGCCAGUAGUUCUAGUAAAGAUACAAAGGACACCAAGAAACACAUACCAUGGGUGGAAAGAUAUCGACCAAGAUGUGUAGAUGAUGUUGCUUUUCAAGAUGAAGUGGUUUUAGUUCUGAAGAAAUCUUUGACAGGUUCUGAUUUACCUAAUCUGUUAUUCUAUGGUCCACCUGGUACUGGUAAAACAUCAACUAUACUCGCUGCUGCUAGAGAAUUAUAUGGGCCUGAGUUAAUGAGAUCUAGGAUACUAGAGUUAAACGCCUCUGAUGAAAGAGGUAUAGAUGUUGUCAGAGUUAAAGUCAAGAAAUUCUCUCAACAAACAGCUUCAGGCACUAGAUCAGAUGGUAAACCAUGUCCCCCAUUUAAAAUAGUUAUAUUAGAUGAAGCUGACUCCAUGACAUCACAUGCACAGGCAGCCUUGAGACGAACAAUGGAGAAACAGUCUAAAACUACGAGAUUCUGUUUAAUUUGUAAUUAUGUUAGCCGUAUUAUAGAGCCUAUCACAUCACGAUGUGCUAAAUUCAGAUUUAAACCACUAGCUGAAAAUGUUCUUAGUGAUAGAUUGAAACUUAUUAGUGAGAAGGAGAACAUUACCUGUAGUGAUGAGGUGAUCAAGGCAUUAAUCGAUACAUCAGAAGGUGAUUUAAGAAAAGCUAUAACUUAUUUACAAAGUGCUUCGUCCUUACAUAAAGAUGAUACAGAUAUAACAGUUGAAGAUAUCUGUGAAAUAGCUGGGGUUAUACCUACAGAUAAUAUAGAUGAAGUUUUGAAAAUUUGUCAUUCUGAUUCCUAUGAAAAAUUGGAUAAAAUUAUUAAGACUAUGAUUAAUAAUGGAUAUGCUGCUACACAAGUUAUAAAUCAAAUACACGAUAGAAUAGUUAUAUCCGAAGAACUUACGGACACUCAAAAAUCUGUCAUCUGUGAAAAAAUAGCGCUUGUGGAUAAAUGUCUACUAGAUGGAGCAGAUGAAUAUCUUCAACUUAUGGCUUUAUUCAGUGUCAUAAUGACUCAAAUAUGCCAUGGCAAAUGAAGAUGGGAAUUGAAGAUGCCAUGGCAAAUAUAGAUGGGAAUUAAAGAUGCUAUGGCAAAUAUAGAAUUACAGUUCCCAAAUAUGCCAUGGCAAAUAUAUGAGUCACUGGCACAAAGACUGUGUUGUAGAUAUAGUUUUGUUAAGAGUCAUCAUGAGGCUAAUGAUGAGUCAUUUUUUGAGAAUCGAGUCCAGAUAUUGUUGUAAAAUAUGAUAUCAUAUUAAAAUAAUAAUUUG